UUUUAAGUCAUUGUUAAGUCAGAAUGAAUUGGAAAUAUUUUUUGGCGGCGCUCGCUGUGGUAGCUUUGAUCCCAUCAGGCGAGGCUAUGAUCCCAGCGUACUCAGUCUCAGCUCUCCGCCUAGCAUUUGACGAGAUCGCCACAGUCCUGCCCAUAGCCAACCAGCUCGCCUGUCUCCUCAUUCCAUUCCUCAUCAACCUCAUCAACAACUUAAACAACUUAUCCAACAUCGUUCAGAACUUAACCCCAGCCAUCCUCCCGUAUUUCGGCUGCACUUUGCCUCUUCUAUACGCAACUCUGACUGAUUUGGCUUCAGUUUUGUUCCUGUAUAUCAGCGUAUUGAUAUCGUUGUUCAGAUCGAAUGUGCUAGCUGCGCCUGGCUUGCUGAUUGGUCUUGUUUCUCAAGUAUUGAAUCUGGUGAUUGGGUUAUUGACAGGAUUGACUGACAGUACAGGUCUAUUGGGUAGUCUGAUCAAAUUGAUUACUAGCAUUUUGGUGGAAUUGGAAAAGCUCCUGCUCUGAACGAUGGCUAAAUUAUUAAAGUUAAUGCGUAUUUAAAUGU